CCACCUGAGAUUCCUUCCCCCAGCUCCCCACCUUCCCCUCCCCGGUGCUGCCCUUCGGGGGCGGCUGGCAGAGCCCCCGGCACUCGGCACCGGGGCGGACGCAUCCAGAGCCCCCGCCGACCGCAGAGGGAACUGAAGUGGCUCCUUGCCAUGUGUUUCGGGGUUCCUACUUGGCCAUCUUUAAAUUCGAGGGCGCACCCCGGCCAUCCGAGGGAAGUGCGGUCAGGAGUCACGGACCCAGGCUUCUUCUGGCCGGGAAUCCAGGUGGCAGUGCCAGGAUUAUCUUGAUCAGUGAUCUUUGAUGCUACAAAGUAAAUUCAGUUGUGUUUAGCUCUACCUUUUGAGGGGCUGCAUUGCGGAAGGAGACUGCCUAAAGAACCACGGUGGACAUUUUAGAUCUUGCUUAUGUCAGACAAGGAAGCAGCCGUCUCCGUUCCCUGGGAUUCGGAAGCUCCAGCCUUCCAGAACAGCCCGGCCCGGGGGUUGCUAAGGCGGCGCAGGGACCGGGGCGCAGAUAGCCUUGGAGAGAUGGCAGGCGGCGGGCACUGGCGCGUCCUGGGCGCCCUCCACCUGCUGCUGCUGGCCGCCCUGCCCCUGGCAACCGAGGGGAUCAGUCGGGGCGCCGCAGCCUGGACCCAGGAGAAGAAUGAUCACCAACCAGCCAUUCUGAAUUCAUCGUCUCUCCGGCAAGUUGCAGAAGGCACCAGUAUUUCUGAAAUGUGGCAACAUGACUUACGGCCAUUGCUGAUAGAGCGAUAUCCAGGCUCCCCUGGAAGCUAUGCUGCUCGCCAGCAUAUCAUGCAGAGAAUUCAGAGACUUCAAGCUGACUGGGUCUUGGAAGUAGACACCUUCUUGAGUCAGACACCUUAUGGAUAUCGGUCUUUCUCAAAUAUCAUCAGCACCCUCAAUCCCACUGCUAAACGGCACUUGGUACUUGCUUGUCACUACGAUUCCAAGUAUUUCCCCCAUUGGGACAACAGGGUGUUUGUGGGAGCCACCGACUCAGCCGUGCCCUGUGCGAUGAUGUUGGAACUAGCUCGUGCCUUAGACAAGCAACUCCUUUCCUUGAAGAACGUUUCAGACUCCAAGCUGGAUCUGUCACUCCAGCUGAUUUUCUUUGACGGGGAAGAGGCUUUUCUUCACUGGUCCCCUCAAGACUCUCUGUAUGGGUCUCGGCACUUAGCUGCAAAGAUGGCAUCGACCCCACACCCACCUGGAGCGAGAAACACCAACCAGCUGCACAGCAUGGAUUUAUUGGUCUUACUAGAUUUAAUUGGAGCUCCAAAUCCAACAUUUCCCAAUUUUUUCCCAAACUCUGCCCGAUGGUUUGAUAGACUUCAAGCAAUUGAACAUGAACUCCAUGCAUUAGGUUUGCUCAAGGCUCAUUCUUUGGAGAGGCGGUAUUUCCAGAAUCAUGGUUUUGGAGGAAUGAUUCAGGAUGACCAUCUCCCAUUUUUAAGAAGAGGUGUUCCAGUUUUGCAUCUGAUAGCAUCUCCUUUCCCUGAAGUAUGGCAUACGAUGGAUGACAAUGAAGAAAAUUUGGAUGAAGCAACCAUUGACAAUCUAAACAAAAUUAUACAAGUCUUUGUGUUAGAAUAUUUGCAUUUGUAAUGUUCUCAUUUAGUUCAUGAUAAUUGUAUCUAGUAUCGAAUUUGAAAGUUAAGGUACAAUCCUAUCUAAUAAAAGAGUAAUUAACUAUCA